CAAACUUAAAAUUUCCACUUGUAUGCCCCAUCCCCACUUUUAUUCCAACUUAAUCCCUGCAUUUGCAUUGCCCUUCCCAACCCAAUCGGAGCAGCUUCCCAAUUCUUCCCCCCACGGACCCCAUUCUCAGAAACCCUAACUGCAACUUCACUUUUCGAGACUUUAUCCUCAGUUGGCUCCGUCUCUCCUUCGCAGGAGGAAGCACUCUCCACCCUUUUUCCUUUUCUCCAUUUAUUAUUAUCCGCAGAGUCGGAGUUAAAGGCUCUGUAUCCUAUGCCAAGUUGCUGCCAAGGUUAGUUUUUGGAACCUUACCAGAGUUUCAGACGCAAUAACAAAAAGAUUGAAAAAUGCUGGGUGCUUUACCAAUAUUGCCCCUCCCAGCACCCCCUGCUGAUGGGAAUCUGGGGCCCACACCUCCUGCCCAAGUUACUGAGGACUCUAAUGAUGAGAAAAAUGUUUUGACUAAUGACGACCAGAAGAAGGCUAACGAUAAAUCCAGUGCUGCUCCAGCGUCUGUGGCAACCCAUACAAGGACUAUAGGAAUUAUAUACCCACCCCCGGAUAUUAGAAACAUUGUAGACAAAACUGCUCAGUUUGUGGCAAAGAAUGGACCAGAGUUUGAGAAAAGAAUUAUUGCAAACAAUGAAGGGAAUGCAAAGUUCAACUUUUUACGUCCCUCUGAUCCUUACCAUGCUUAUUAUCAGCACCGCCUGUCUGAAGCUCGGGCGCAGAAUCAAUCUGCAGCACAGCAGCAGCCUGUUCAUCCAGCUGAGUCUGUUCCUGAAUCAGCUAGUACAACUCCAGCUGCUGAUACAAGUGAUGCUUCAUCUAAGCCUGAUCCUGCUGCCCAAUUCCGACCUGUUCGUAAGGUCCUUGAGCCACCAGAGGCGGAGCAAUAUACUGUUAGGCUUCCUGAAGGGAUUACAGGGGAAGAACUGGAUAUAAUUAAGCUCACUGCUCAGUUUGUGGCCCGAAAUGGGAAGUCAUUUUUGACUGGUUUGACUAGUAGGGAGAGCACUAAUCCUCAGUUCCAUUUUCUGAGACCAACACACAGUAUGUUCAUGUUCUUUACAUCUCUUGCUGAUGCAUAUUCAAAGGUAUUGAUGCCUCCCAAAGGGCUGACAGAUAAGCUCAGAAAUAGUGUUGCCGAUAUGACAACUGUUCUUGAACGCUGCCUGCAUCGCCUUGAAUGGGAACGCUCGCAAGAACAGGCCAGACAAAAGGCUGAAGAUGAGAUAGAGCAGGAGCGACUGCAGAUGGCUAUGAUUGACUGGCAUGACUUUGUUGUGGUUGAAACGAUAGACUUUGCUGAUGAUGAGGAUGAGGAUUUACCACCUCCAAUGACACUCGAUGAAGUGAUAAGAAGAAGCAAGAUGUCCACUAUGGAAGAAGAGGAUAUUAUUGAGCCUGGAAAGGAGGUAGAAAUGGAAAUGGAUGAAGAAGAGGUCCAACUGGUUGAAGAGGGAAUGAGGGCUGCUAGUCUGGAAGAGAAUGGUGAUAUGAAGAAUAACGGGGCCAAGGCAACUUCUGAAGAACAGGAGCCACCCAUGAGAAUUGUGAAAAAUUGGAAGAGGCCUGAGGAGAGAAUCCCUGCAGAAAGAGAUCCUACUAAGUAUGUCGUAUCCCCAAUAACUGGCGAGCUCAUUCUCAUUAAUGAGAUGUCUGAACACAUGAGGAUUUCUCUUAUUGAUCCCAAAUAUAAGGAGCAGAAGGAGAGGAUGUUUGCUAAGAUAAGAGAGACAACUCUUGCAGCAGAUGAUGAAAUUUCUAGGAAUAUUGUGGGGCUUGCAAGAACACGUCCUGAUAUUUUUGGCACCACAGAAGAAGAAGUUUCUAAUGCUGUCAAGGCUGAGAUUGAAAAGAAGAAAGAUGAGCAACCUAAGCAGGUUAUAUGGGAUGGUCACACAGGAAGUAUUGGCCGCACAGCUAGCCAAGCCAUGUCUCAGAAUACUGGUGGCGAGGACACCAAUGAUGCUUUCAACAAUGAUGGUAGAAGUCUUCCAGGUCCAGCACCUCCUCCUCCUAGGCCUGGUAUGCCAUCAGUUAGGCCACUGCCUCCACCUCCUGGCCUUGUCUUGAAUAUUCCUAGGCCUCCCGCAGUGGUCCAGUAUUCUGGUGCAACUAGUGGUGGGCUUGUUGCACCACCACCACCUGGACCUCCAGUUGUCAAUAUGAUUCCUUCUGUUCGUCCUCCACCUCCUUCAAUGCCGAUGAUGCAUGGGCAACCUCUUAUGGCCAACCGUCCUCCAAUGCCGCCAUCUAUGCCCCUGACUUCACCUAACAUUGCGGUUCCACCGCCACCUGGAUCACAAUUUACACCUUUGGGAGGUCCUAGGCCCUUUGUUCCUGUUCCUGUUUCCCAACCAGGCAUGCCUAUGGUUCCUCCUCCACCAAUGCCCCAAGGCAUGCCCCCACCACCUCCACCAGAGGAGGCUCCUCCUCCACUACCUGAUGAACCAGAGCCCAAGCGGCAAAGGCUUGAUGAUUCUAUGCUCAUUCCCGAAGAACAGUUCCUGGCACAACAUUCGGGUCCAGCUGUUAUCAAUAUAUCUGUGCCAAAUGUUGAUGAAGGAAAUCUGAAGGGCCAAGUAUUGGAGAUUGCUGUGCAAUCCUUAUCCGAAACAGUUGGCAGUCUGAAAGAGAAAAUUGCUGGGGAGAUCCAGCUUCCUGCAAAUAAGCAGAAGCUGAGUGGGAAGGCUGGUUUCCUGAAGGACAACUUAUCACUUGCGUAUUACAACGUGGCACCUGGAGACUCACUCUCUCUCUCUCUGAGAGAACGUGGUGGUAGAAAGAGAUGAGCCGUGAAUCCUCUAGAAGUCCCUAUGCUCCAUUGAUGUUGUGAUUUUGGUGAUUCACAACUUAUUUGGGCGUGGCACAGGAUUCUUGUGAGCUAAGCCGCUCUCUCUAAAAUCGGACGUUUCUUCUUCUCCUCCUCGCCCUCCUUUUGGUUCCCUUUCAGUUUUAUAUAUAGGGAAGUAUUAGUUAGGUUGUACUCCGGAGUAUUUGUUCUGCUUUGUAGUUGAUUUGCUUGCUUUUAAACUAAUAUACUUGAUGCCUUUAUUGGUCAUUUGAACUUCUGGGUCAUGUUCCAUGGAAUGUUAAGGCUUGAUUAUUUGUUUCCUGUCACUUCUGUAUUAUUGGACUCAGUUGUUAGUUUGUGGUGGUUGAGGUAGUCUGAUACAUCUUGUUUCUUGCAACAGCACUGGCUCCAACUCUGAAGUUGAAUAUUGUUGGUUCUCUGUUGGGAGCUUUGGUGUUGAUAAAUCCCUUGUCAAACUGCUGAAGCAAGUAGAUGCGUCUACUGCUGCUUCAAUUUCUUCUCUUUGCAACUGUAGGAUGGAUCUGAAACCCUUCCGGCUUUUUGCAGCCUACGGACCAGAUACUGCUGACUUGCUAUGGCCACUCUCUCUGUUCUUGAGUCCGGAGAUGUUUGGUGAAGUUUAAUUGAGCUUUAAUCCUUCUUAGUUGCAGAAGUCGGAACAUCACAGUUUCUAACAUGUUUUAAAUGUUGGGUUAUGUUGUGUGCUGAGAUGGAGUGUUUGUAUACUGAUUAUGAAUGGGUGUUAGAUUGUGUGCUCUCUCUUUCUGAAUAUGAGGAAUUAAUAGAUUGUGGUAUGAUUUCUUAAACGUGAGGAUGGUUGAAGAAUAGAUUAUAUUGGGUGAAGACCGCAUUUCAGUGUUUACGAAAAGAAAACAAUGAAAGAGAGGUGCUUCUUGAA